CCCCCCCCAAACAACCGUCAAAAUGGAGAACGAGAAGGGAGAGAUCGUCGAUCUCUACGUCCCCCGCAAGUGCAGCGCCACCAACCGCAUCAUCAAGGCCAACGACCACGCCUCCGUCCAGAUCUCCAUCGCCAAGGUUGACGAGAACGGCCGCUACACCGGUGAGAACCACACCUACGCUCUGUGCGGUUUCAUCCGUGCCCGUGGUGAGAGCGAUGACUCCCUGAACCGCCUUGCCCAGCGUGACGGCUACAUCCGCAACGUCUGGACCGCUGCCCGUCAGCGCUAAGCUCUUUUCUUUCCUCCUUUGUUUGAGAGAGUGACGUGCGGUGUUGGGAUGAAAUUUGGAAGUGGGUGGUUAUUUAUGAUGGUACGUUACCAACUAUCUAAUUAUCUACCUACAUAUCUAUCUAUGUCUUCUACUACGUAGGAGUUUGCAGAGGGGGGCGCAAGGCUAAUGAUAUUGAUGGUAUAGGAUGAAGAUAUUUAACUAUAUCUCCAACAACAAAAAAGGGAAUCCUUUUCACAAUGAAAUGAAAAAACUUUUCUUAACUUUUCCAUCAACAAUUCAAUUUCCAUCCUGC